AUGUGGAUCUCUUCGAGACCUCGAACGGGAAUCAGGGUGGAUGGACAACCGAUAGAACUCGUCGGUGAGUUCUGUUACCUGGGCUGUAUGCUAAAGAACAACGGCAGCUACGAGAGGGAUGUUCAGCAAAGAUGCGCUAAGGCCACUUCUGCAUUUAACUCCUUAACGAAAUGUCUGUGGUCGACCCCCAUCACCAACGAAGUCAAGCUGCGAAUCUACCUAUCCGUAAUUCGCCCCAUCAUGAUGUACGGAUCGGAGACUUGGGCAGCACCAUCAACGGUUAUGGAGAGGCUUGACUGCACGGAACGAAAGCUGCUUAGACGGCUACUUGGGAGACCGGCAGAUCGCCUUGUCCAACGAAUUCUGAAGAGUUCAUCGGGUUCGAGCUGGAAGAAGCCACCUGGCCGAAAAAGGAAGUUCUGGACUGAGGCAGUGAAAGAGGACCUGAGGACACUCGGCGUGGAUAGGCAGUUCAGGCGAGACAAGAUCGAGAAGGUUGGGCAGAGCUGUGUUCAAGGACGGCACACUUCGGCGAAGAUGCGGGUAAUCGCGUCAGGCGAUGACAUCAGCCCGCCGAUUAAAACUUUGGAGGCGUUUUGGAUAAACGCUAAAAGUGCAAAAAUGAGUAGAAGGGAAAAGUGCAUAGCCGUGACCGAAGAGCUGGCUCUGUAUCCAAGACAUUUGCGAGUUUUGAUCUACGGAUUCAUGUACGGCUCUGACGAAAGCGACAACGCCGAAACGUUAGCCGUAAUAAAGUUUGUUAACAAUCCUGGCUCUUGCUUCAAUUCGACGAUAUCACAAGUCGCAAUCUCUUUGACAAGAUUCAAGGAAAGUCGAACUUUCGCACUUCUGGAAAAUAUGCCGACGAAAAGAUGA